GUUGUGUUUAGACACGACUUGCUUUGACACCCAGGGGUGCAGUUACAAACUGAAACUGGUUUGCUCAGUCAGACGGGCUGGGUCUGUUUUGUUUUCACGCUAUCUUACAGACUGACAGUAGCCUACUCUCCACUCUAUGGUAUAAGCCACAGCUCUGGAAAUCAGCAGAGAUGGAAAAGCUGAUGGAAAAUGAGGUAUUCAUGGCUUUCGCCACCUAUGCUGCCAUCGUCAUCAUCAAGCUGUUGCUGAUGGGGCCUCUGACUGGAUACUACCGCGUCACCAGAGGGGCCUUCUCUAAUGAGGAAGAUGUGGGCAGAAAGUCUGAAGAGGAGAAGAAGAAGCUGCUGAAAAUCCAUCCAGAUGUAGAGCGUGUUCGGAGGUGUCACCAGAACGACCUGGAGAACAUAAUUCCCUUCGUGGUGAUCGGCCUUCUCUACGCUCUGACCGGACCCGAGCUCUCAACCGCCUUGCUUCACUUCCGCCUCUUUGCCGGGUCUCGGAUCUUCCACACCGUCGCCUACAUCGGCGCUCUGCCUCAGCCCAGCAGGGGUCUGUCCUGGAUACUGGGCAUGCUGGUCACCUUCUCCAUGGCUUACAGGGUGCUCAGCACAGCUCUCUUCCUUUAGAGACGACACUGGAGCAGUAGACCCUGCUGACCUCUUCUAAACACACUUACAUUCCUUCAUGAAAUCUGAAAUUUCUUUGCUUCCUUUUUUUUUUUUUUUGCUACAGCUUUCUGAGCUUGAUUAUUAAACAUUCUGUUGUUCACUCUUUGCAUGGCCUUUGACUUGCUGUGGAACUAUGAAUGGAAACUAUAUUUUUAAUAAACAUUUCCAUCAA